AUGGACAAAGGUGUGGUGCAAACUAAGCUUGCCAGGGUUAAAUCGGUUGUGGGUAGAACUGGGUCUCAAGGCCAAUGUACGCAGAGACAGAAAGAGAAGCAAGAAGGUUACGUUAAUGUUAUUUCAAUAAAUCUUUUCAACCGGGUUUUCUACGUAGCCUGGGAUUUUUCUUUGGAAAAAUAUUACGGCAUGCAACUGUGUGCUCACCAAUCGUUCUGA